GCUCACGCCCGCGGAUGGGCGCGCGGCUGUGACGUCACGGCGUCGUUGGUAAGGGGCCGGCGGCCGGGGAGCUGCGUAGCUCCCGGCCCCGCGGCCAUGCCCAAGCGGGGCUGCCCCUUCGCGGACGCGGCCCCGCUACAGCUCAAGGUUCGCGUGGGCCAGAGGGAGCUGAGCCGCGGCGUGUGCGCCGAGCGCUACUCGCAGGAGGUCUUCGAGAAGACCAAGCGACUCCUCUUCCUCGGGGCCCAGGCCUACCUGGACCACGUGUGGGAUGAAGGCUGUGCCGUCGUUCACCUGCCAGAGUCCCCAAAGCCUGGCCCUACAGGGGCCCCGAGGGCUGCACGUGGGCAGAUGCUGAUUGGACCAGACGGCCGCCUGAUCAGGAGCCUUGGGCAGGCCUCUGAAGCUGACCCAUCUGGGGUAGCGUCCGUCGCCUGUUCCUCAUGUGUGCGAGCCGUGGAUGGGAAGGCGGUCUGCGGCCAGUGUGAGCGAGCCCUGUGCGGGCAGUGUGUGCGCACCUGCUGGGGCUGCGGCUCCGUGGCCUGUACCCUGUGUGGCCUCGUGGACUGCAGUGACAUGUACGAGAAAGUGCUGUGCACCAGCUGUGCCAUGUUCGAGACCUGAGGCUGGCUCAAGCCAGCUGCCUUCACCGAGAGCCACGCCGUGCAUGGCAGCCUUCUCUGGAGGAGCGCUCGGUGUCCACACUGAACUGUGGGGUCAACGGGAGGGGUGCCUUUUACAUGUUCUAUUUUGUAUCCUAAUGACAGAAUGAAUAAACCUCUUUAUAUUUGCACCAGA